GAGAUAGACAGGGCAAUGGGAGAAUUACACAUCAAAAAGAAUGAACUAGAACUAAGCUCUAUAGAGGUGAAUAAACAGAGAGAUGAGAUGUCAAAGGAAAAGAUCCAGGUGGAGCAAGACAAACAAAAUAUUCGAGGUAAAAAGGUUGAACUGGAACGGAUCAAGACUGAGUUACAAGAAAAGUCAGAGAAUCUAGAUCAACUCAUGGACAUGACAAAACGAGAAAAGGAGGGCCUUGAAGAGAUUUCUGGCCAGAUUCAGAAGGAAAGAGAGGAUAUUACAAAACAAAUGGAAGAUGUCAAGAAUAGAAUACUGGAUCUGGAGGCAAUGAAAGCUGAAGUUGAGUCAGAGAAACAAGGAAUUGAAGACAUCAAGAAGAUGCUGUCAGAUGAAAGAGUUGACCUGAAACAGAUGAAGAUUGAGUUGGAAAGCCAACACCUACACAUUGACAACACCAAGGGUAGGAUUAAUAUGGCAAUGGAUAAGUUGGAAGAGAGGAAGACUGAAAUGGAAAAAGAGAAAAAAGAAGCAGAAAAGCACAGGGCUGAAUUGAAAGAGGAAGAGCAAGACAUUAAGGAGAGUAUCAACAAGAUGAGAGACAACCUUGAGCAGAACACGGCUGAAAUACAACAACAGAGAGAUGAGGUAGACAGGGCAAUGGGAGAAUUAAACAUCAAAAAGAAUGAACUGGAACUAAGCUCUAUAGAGGUGAAUAAACAGAGAGAUGAGAUGUCAAAGGAAAAGAUCCAGGUGGAGCAAGACAAACAAAAUAUUCAAGGUGAAAAGGUUGAACUGGAACGGAUCAAGACUGAGUUACAAGAAAGGUCAGAGAAUCUAGAUCAACUCAUGGGAGAAUUACACAUCAAAAAGAAUGAACUAGAACUAAGCUCUAUAGAGGUGAAUAAACAGAGAGAUGAGAUGUCAAAUGAAAAGAUCCAGGUGGAGCAAGACAAACAAAAUAUUCGAGGUAAAAAGGUUGAACUGGAACGGAUCAAGACUGAGUUACAAGAAAAGUCAGAGAAUCUAGAUCAACUCAUGGACAUGACAAAACGAGAAAAGGAGGGCCUUGAAGAGAUUUCUGGCCAGAUUCAGAAGGAAAGAGAGGAUAUUACAAAACAAAUGGAAGAUGUCAAGAAUAGAACACUGGAUCUGGAGGCAAUGAAAGCUGAAGUUGAGUCAGAGAAACAAGGAAUUGAAGACAUCAAGAAGAUGCUGUCAGAUGAAAGAGAUGACCUGAAACAGAUGAAGAUUGAGUUGGAAAGCCAACACCUACACAUUGACAACACCAAGGGUAGGAUUAAUAUGGCAAUGGAUAAGUUGGAAGAGAGGAAGACUGAAAUGGAAAAAGAGAAAAAAGAAGCAGAAAAGCACAGGGCUGAAUUGAAAGAGGAAGAGCAAGACAUUAAGGAGAGUAUCAACAAGAUGAGAGACAACCUUGAGCAGAACACGGCUGAAAUACAACAACAGAGAGAUGAGGUAGACAGGGCAAUGGGAGAAUUAAACAUCAAAAAGAAUGAACUGGAACUAAGCUCUAUAGAGGUGAAUAAACAGAGAGAUGAGAUGUCAAAGGAAAAGAUCCAGGUGGAGCAAGACAAACAAAAUAUUCAAAGUGAAAAGGUUGAACUGGAACGGAUCAAGACUGAGUUACAAGAAAGGUCAGAGAAUCUAGAUCAACUCAUGGACAUGACAAAACGAGAAAAGGAGGGCCUUGAAGAGAUUUCUGGCCAGAUUCAGAAGGAAAGAGAGGAUAUUACAAAACAAAUGGAAGAUGUCAAGAAUAGAACACUGGAUCUGGAGGCAAUGAAAGCUGAAGUUGAGUCAGAGAAACAAGGAAUUGAAGACAUCAAGAAGAUGCUGUCAGAUGAAAGAGAUGACCUGAAACAGAUGAAGAUUGAGUUGGAAAGCCAACACCUACACAUUGACAACACCAAGGGUAGGAUUAAUAUGGCAAUGGAUAAGUUGGAAGAGAGGAAGACUGAAAUGGAAAAAGAGAAAAAAGAAGCAGAAAAGCACAGGGCUGAAUUGAAAGAGGAAGAGCAAGACAUUAAGGAGAGUAUCAACAAGAUGAGAGACAACCUUGAGCAGAACACGGCUGAAAUACAACAACAGAGAGAUGAGGUAGACAGGGCAAUGGGAGAAUUAAACAUCAAAAAGAAUGAACUGAAACUAAGCUCUAUAGAGGUGAAUAAACAGAGAGAUGAGAUGUCAAAGGAAAAGAUCCAGGUGGAGCAAGACAAACAAAAUAUUCAAGGUGAAAAGGUUGAACUGGAACGGAUCAAGACUGAGUUACAAGAAAGGUCAGAGAAUCUAGAUCAACUCAUGGACAUGACAAAACGAGAAAAGGAGGGCCUUGAAGAGAUUUCUGGCCAGAUUCAGAAGGAAAGAGAGGAUAUUACAAAACAAAUGGAAGAUGUCAAGAAUAGAACACUGGAUCUGGAGGCAAUGAAGGCUGAAGUUGAGUUACAGAAACAAGGAAUCGAAGACAUCAAGAAGAUUCUAUCAAACGGGAGAGAAGAGAUUGAACGAGUCAAGAUUGAGAUGGAAGCAGAAAAGAAAAAUAUAAAGAACCUGAACAGAAAAAUGAAAGAAGAUAUGAAUGUGCUGGAAGAGAGAAAGGCUGAAAUGGAAAUAGAGAAAAAAGAAGCAGAAAAGCACAUGGCUGAAUUGAAAGAGGAAGAGCAAGACAUUAAAGAGAGUAUCAACAAGAUGGAAGACAACCUUGAGCAGAUCACGGCUGAAAUACAACAAAAGAGAGAUAAAUUAGAAAUGACAAGGGGCGAACAAAAUAUCAAGAUUGAAUUAAAAGGAAGCACAUCAGAGAUGAAUAGACAGAGAGAUGAGUUGUCAAAUGAAAAGAGCAAGAUGGAACGAGACAAACAAAAUAUUCAAGAUGAAAAGGCUGAACUGGAACGGAUCAAGACUGAGUUACAAAAAAGUUCAGAAAAUCUAGAUCAACUCAUGGACAUGACAAAACGAGAAAAGGAGGGCCUUGAAGAGAUUUCUGGACAGAUUCUGAAGGAAAGAGAGGAUAUUACAAAACAAAUGGAAGAUGUCAAGAAUAGAACACAGGUUCUUGAGGCAAUGAAAGCUGAAGUUGAGUUAGAGAAACAAGGAAUCGAAGACAUCAAGAAGAUGAUAUCAAAUGGGAGAGAAGAGAUAGAACAAGUCAAGAUUGAGAUGGAUGCAGAACAGAAAAAUAUAAACAACCUGAACAGAAAAAUGAAAGAAGAUAUGAAUGUGCUGGAAGAGAGGAAGGCUGAAAUGGAAAAAGAGAAAAAAGAAGCAGAAAAGCACAUGGCUGAAUUGAAAGAGGAAGAGCAAGACAUUAAGGAGAGUAUCAACAAGAUGAGAGACAACCUUGAGCAGAACACGGCUGAAAUACAACAACAGAGAGAUGAGGUAGACAGGGCAAUGGGAGAAUUAAACAUCAAAAAGAAUGAACUGGAACUAAGCUCUAUAGAGGUGAAUAAACAGAGAGAUGAGAUGUCAAAGGAAAAGAUCCAGGUGGAGCAAGACAAACAAAAUAUUCAAGGUGAAAAGGUUGAACUGGAACUGAUCAAGACUGAGUUACAAGAAAGGUCAGAGAAUCUAGAUCAACUCAUGGACAUGACAAAACGAGAAAAGGAGGGCCUUGAAGAGAUUUCUGGCCAGAUUCAGAAGGAAAGAGAGGAUAUUACAAAACAAAUGGAACAUGUCAAGAAUAGAACACAGGUUCUUGAGGCAAUGCAAGCUGAAGUUGAGUCAGAGAAACAAGGAAUUGAAAACAUCAAGAAGAUGAUGUCAAAUGAAAGAGAUGACCUGAAACAGAUGAAGAUUGAGUUGGAAAGCCAACGCCUAGACAUUGACAACACCAAGGGUAGAAUUAGAAUGGCAAUGGAUGAGCUGGAAGAGAGGAAGACUGAAAUGGAAAAAGAGAAAAAAGAAGCAGAAAAGCACAUGGCUGAAUUGAAAGAGGAAGAGCAAGACAUUAAGGAGAGGAUCACCAAGAUGAGAGACAAUCUUGAGCAGAUCACGGCUGAAAUACAACAACAGAGAGUUGACGUAGAGAUGACCCUGGGAGAAUUAAACAUAAAAAAGAAUGAACUGGAAGCAAGCACUAUACAGUUGUAUACACUGAGAGAUGAGAUAUCAAGUGAAGAUUCGGAACUAGACAAACUACAUUUAGAAAAUCUAGAAAUUAUAAUAAAUAAACGAGGAGAUGAGCUGAAAUCUAUGAAGACCGAAAUACAAAAUCAACAAAUAGAGACAAAGGACUCAAAGGAACAGGUCGAUGCAGAAACACAAACCCAGGUGUUAGAGAUGGAGAACAUCAAAGCUGAGACACAAAUAGCCAAAGAGGAGCUGAAAAAGAGUGGAAGCAACACAUAUCUGGAAGAGGGAACAAGUCUACUUCAGGGGCAGAAGCUGAUGCUGGUGGAGACUGAGAAACAAAGGCAGCUUGGAGAUUCCACUCAAUCCACUGAACAGGAGGAACCUGCAUGGACAUCAACAACUGAGCAGGUGCUCCUAGACCAGAGGUCAGAGGAGACACUCUCAAAGAUAGAUCAUCUGAAGAACAUCUGGCUGGAGGCCAAAACUGAGAGGAAAGAGAUAGAGAGGAUGAAACAUCGAGUUCAGGAGAUGAGAGAACUCCUGGAAAGAAGACUGGAGGUGAUCCAAAAACACGAGCUGGUUCAGAGAGCACGACUACAAAGAGAGAAAGAGGAGCUGGAAAAGAUGGAGGCGGAGCUCAAAAGAAGUAACCAAACUCUGAACAGAGAAUGGGAUAGAGACAAGAGGAAACUCGAGGAGAAAGAUAAAGAACUGGAAAUGAUAAAGGCGGAGAUGCUAAAACAGAUUGAAAGACUCCAGGUCGGCAUGGAGAGCAAGUCACAAUCACAAUUAAUGACAGAUAUAGGUAUGCAAACUUCAGAGGAGGACCUUGGACAUGAGAGAUCAACCAAGAGAGUGAGAGAGGAGGAUCUAUCAGAGAUAAUUCUUCUCGAAAGAUCUUGGAGAGAAGAAACCACAGGGGACUUUGACAGAUCUAAUCUGGAGUUCAGAGGUCAAGGUCAUGCUGAGGGAGGAGCGUUGGGCACAAAGACUCAGGUGAGAUCAGGAGGAGCUCUGGAGGGAUUACCUGAGGUGCUUCGGAGGAUUUGGCGCCUCUGUUGUUGCUUCUGCUGCAGCCGCUGCUGUGGAGUAAGAGAAGAAGAGGAGGAUGAGAACUUGUGAUCGGAUCUCCAUACCUCACAAAUUGCUUCGUUUUAUAACAUUAUAAAUUAUUUAAUGUGCCGUAAUUAUUCACAAAAUAUGAUAGUGUGUAUAUAAGUGUGCAAUGUUUUCUGUGUUUAAGAAAAGUUCAAAGGUGAAGCAUUAACAAAUAAAAGUUAAGGCAUUAAAUAUAUAUAUUUACCUGUACUUUAAAAGGUGAGGGGAUGUGGCCUACUACUAGUAUUGACAAGCCACUAAAAGAUAAAAAAUAACUGAAGUUGCAGUAUAGAUUUUGAUAUAUAGAUUUUUUUCUUUAAUAAAGUUAUCAAGCCUAAAAACGUGCCUAACCUUGUCUCAUUUCUUUCUUUAAUACAUUUGGACAAUAGCAUAUUCAUGUUUGAGGACAAAACUAUUAACAUGCCAAAGUCGAAAUCAGGUAACCACACAAAAAAAAACUUUAGUCUGAAGUUGACAGUUAUUUGUAUCAUUUAUUCAACAUACAGGUGUCUUGGGAAAUAAAAUAAACAAUAAGGACCGAUAAGAGUCCUCCUCAAAAUGUUUUGCUUGUAGUAUGAACCGACACAAAGCGGAUGAGAUGACAAACAUGAUGAGAACUGUAAAAAUUCAACCAUUGACAAAUUACAACUCAGGAGAACAUGCGCGAGACUCCAACCGUUCUGAACAACAGUGUUGAAACCAAAAGAUAACAGAAGAUUGGAAAAAGACUGUAAAAACAGAGCGAUGGGAGAGAAAUAAAAGAGAAAUCAACCCAUAUUGAAAUACACGCCUACAACAGAAAGAUCACACCAAUACAACUAACCAAAACUUAGCAGAAUUAAUAAAAACUCAAGAUUAUGAGAAGUUGCAGUAGCAAGGGGGGGAAAGUAUUAAGAGAGACAUUCAUUAAAUAGCAAAUAACAAUCAAUACAGAAUCUUUUUCUCCUGUCCACAAUUUCAAAUUAGAUUUUGGUAGUACAGAACAUGUAAUAAUGAGGAUGGUAAAACAUUCACAAAAGGAAAAUACAGAACACCUGAUUUGAGCACACCUACUCCUCUGUGCAUUAAUCCUGCUCCCAAGGAUUUAUAUGAUCAAUAUUAAUUACUUUUAAAAAUUACCCUUUAGUUAAUAACAGGAACAGCUUAACGCCAAAGCCUUCCCUGUGUUAAGCCUUUUUUAUCAGGCAAAUUACAAUAGUGCUGGGUAAAGAUGUUCUCUGACCUUCAGAAUGCCAGUAAAUCAGUUGUCAAGUGAAUAAUUUACUUCCUGACAAGAAUGUUUCCUAUCACCAUGAGGAUCUAGAACUGACUUGUAUAAAACGAUAGGGAAAGAGAAAUGACUGACUGGUGAAAAGUUAAAAGGAGAUGGCUGGGAAGAACAGUUAAAUGAGUCAUGAGUGUGUCUUCUGGAACUGGCCCCAUCUGGAUUGAAACAUCACUGAUGCUGUGAGAUAAAGUGUAUUUGUCUGUAGAAUUAGCUAAAAACCUUUUUUAUACAAAUCAAGUAUAGCGUAAUACAGAUGGGGAUUUUUAUGCUACUGUUUAAAUACCUUUAAUAAACAAUAACAUAGUGAUUUCUACCUAAUUUAAAUAAAACGUAAUUUUCCUAGGGCAAAAAAAAAAACAA